AUGAAUGCCAGAUUUUUAAAGAGGGGAGAUUACAAUACAGGGGAUGAGAAUUGGGAAAAGUGCAGAAUUAAGAAGUCUGAAAAAAAAAAAAAAAAAAGAAGUCUGGUGAGGUACAGAAUAAAGAUGGGAGAAAAAUGGAAAAGACAACAAAAGCUGUGGCAUGUGCCACAUAUCCCUUGCAUCCGAGUCCCUCGCUCUGCCUCUGACACGCCAUUGUUGAAGGACCUAACCCCAGGGCAGCAGCGCUAUUUUUAUAGCAUCAUGAGGAUUUACAGCCCCAGGCCCCAGUGGGAGGCCCUGCAGACCCGCUACAUCCACAGCCUUCAGCACCAGCAGCGGCUUGGCUAUAUUACUCAACGGGAGGCCUUGGCCUGUGUGGCUGUACUAAGAGAUUCAACCAAAAGAGCCUCAGCCAAGGCAGGUCCUCAUAGAACCGUCCCCCAGAAAGCCGCGGGCAGAACAAGAACUCAGCCCUCAGCACGACCUGGGUGUGUGAUUCCACUGGCCCAAAGCACAAGGCUGCCAUCCCCCAGGUCCAGGGCUGUGCACAAGCUCUGA